AUGAAAUUCAACUCGUCGGGCGUCGGCCGCCUUCGCUCGACUAGCGAUCGAGCUGGCUCGCGACGUGAUCCGGCUCGGGCCGUCGACGCAUCAUCAUCGAAACCCGACGUGACUCCACACACCAGCGCCACCGCCGCUGACGCCACCGCCGAUGACGCCACCGCCGCUACCGUCGCCGCCGAGAUCGCUGCGACGCCCAUGCCUUCCUUCCUCGAUUCCAUCGAAUCGCAUUUCCUAGCCCUAUCGCAAGGCUCUCCCGAGGUCCUGGACGCGAUGUUCCGGUCCCUGUCGGGUGACGUCCCUCCUGCGCCGCGGGGCUCCCCGAGAGCGUUGCUUUAUUCCGACGCAAUUGCUUACGCAAUUGUAAGGAAGCAAGUAGCGUUCUCGGACGGCCUAAACGCGGCGGUCAGGGCGUACCUUGACAGGACCGAGACAGAGCUAAGGGCCGAGGGAUUGCUAAGCACUCCCCUAACGCAGGACGAGUCGGCAGUUGCCUACGGCAACAUUGCACGGUCGACCCCCCUGCGUCGCCCCCCCCGGCCGCCUCCUCCCUGCCCCGACCCCGUGGGGCUCGCGGAAUCCCCCUCCCCCUGCGGAUCCUCGGCUGCGACGAAGACUCGCGCCCGCUGCCGCGCCCGCUGCGCGCGCUAUCGCGCGCCCGCCGCCGCGCUUGCCGCGCCUAUCGCCGCGCCUGCCGUACGCUCCGCGCACACUCCGAGCGCCGCGCCUACCUCGAGCGCCGAGCCCGCUACUACGAUCGACGCACCCCGGUCGUUCGCACAGCUCGCGGCCGCACCUGCCGCGGGCCGCCGCCCGGCAUCGCCGCUGCCACAGACGUCCACCGCUACCACCGCCGCUGCCGCUGCCACCCCGCGCUACCCGCCACUAAUUGUGGAGGUCCUGCCCGAGUGGACGACGCACUUCCGUGCCCUGAGGGACCGUCUCGGGCACGCGCCGAACGCGCGCCCCUUCGGCAGAGGGGUGCGCUUCUCACCAAAGUACGGGGAGGAGUACCGCACCGUGCAACGGUACCUGACGGAGCUCGAGAAGAACCAGAAGCAUUCAUCGAUCGUCGACGCUUUAACGUAUGACGCAACUGUUCCGAUCACUCUGUGCCAAAGGCUUUGUGAACCGAACACGACCCGUCCGAUUUGGACCCGUUGGGCGGCGGAUUACAAGCCGAUGAAAAAUUCCACGAGCUCCGAUAGAACGAGGCAAAUUGAAUAUGACUGGAGUUUGUUAGAUUCGACGCUCAUGACGCAGUGUUUUCCAUAUCAGCUUAUUGUUAGUGUAUUCCAAUCCGGUGUUUCCGAACUAUACAUGCAGCUAUCCAACGAAAUUCCUAUAACAGAUAUUUGA